UCUUGGAGUUGGCCGCUUGAUACAGUUUAGUCAACGUGAACUAACAUGCAUAAUAAUCUACUAUAGGAGAGAACGAUGGGGUAGGUCAACCUCAUUACGAGAGUUCUUUACAAAUCCGCUCGCGGUUGAAUUCAAGAACUUCCCGAACCGGGGAAAUACGUAAGAAAGAUGUCCAGCAAAUACUAAAUAGGUAAGGGACUCUAUAAGUUUCGAGAACGGUGACAGUAAAUGGCAAUUUCAAGAAUGUGGUACAAAUCAUCUAUGGCUGCUGAUACUAGGAAGCUCAAAUUCUCGAUACAGAUCUCGAAAGCAGUCUAAAACAUGUAAGUCUCGUUAUGAAGUCAUUUGGACUCCAGGCGGCACAGUUUUGGGGGGUCACCAGGGCUCAUUACGAGGGUUUGGGAACUGUGAGCAAUGAAGACUUCAUCUAGAUGGAAGAGGAACAGUUUCUGCUUAACACUUUUUUCUACGGAGAAGACUCAUAUGAUGUAGAUGUUGUGAAUUAUCCAAAAACUGAACAUGAUUAAUGUAUUGAAAUUGAAUUAGAUGGCAAGAUGUUGUUCUCGAAUUAAUGACUAGAAGGUAAUAACCGAGCGGGAGUCAUGGCGUACAGGAAGAAAAAACUUUGGUUUGAUAUAUUCGAUAAUUUGGUUUCAAUUUCGCACGGUUAAUCGUGUAGAUGAUCAACACGAAAGUGUCAUAUCAAUCUGUCUUCUUGUUGUUUCUUCAAAUAUUCAGUUACUUCAGAAGUUCAUAUCCUCGAAUUUGCGAGAUUUAAACGCACCAAUCUUUCCUUUUAGAUGUUGCACCUGUUGUGAUCAUUUCACCCUAUCGGCUCCUUAUCGUAAGGCCCCUAAAAUAAACGUCACUCCCGUACCAAGGAUUUCUCCAUCUUAAACAUCCACCUGCUGUACAACCAACCAACCUUCAAUCACCAAAUUUGAAAAUCAUUUCCUCCCUUCAAGUCUCUGCUCGACAUACCAGAAUAAUAUAAGAUUCUCUAAUUGUUAUUUAAUCCGCAUCUUCAAAUAUGGCAUCUACAUCCUCGGGUUCCUCCGCAUUUAAUCCUUCACCUGCUGCAUCGACGGCCCCCUCAACUGCCUCCGAGUCGUUACCUACAUCCUCCGCGGUAGCGGAGAAACCACCAGAUGAUGGCUCAAAACUUAAGAUGUUCUUGGGAAUUCUGCGAAAGUUUAUUGGAGUGGCAGAUAUUGCUUCCGUUCGAUUUAGUUUGCCGGCCCAGCUGUUAGAACCAACGCCCAAUCUCGAGUAUUGGAAUUACCUCGAUCAACCGAAUACAUUUGUGGCAAUAGGAGACUCGGAUGAUCCAUUAGAUAGAAUGUUGGAAGUCAUGCGAUUUUGGUUUACGAAGGAUCUGAAAUAUGUGAAAGGAAAGCCUUGCAAGCCAUACAAUUCUACUCUUGGGGAAUUUUUUAGGUGUAAUUGGGAAGUCGAAGAUUCGCAACCGGCUAUAGAGACGGGAAAAUUAAGCACGACGAGUGCUUCCUCUUCGAAGAAGGCUACUCCUAUGUCAUCGACCAAUGCGUCGAAUGUCACAAUUCCUAAGCCGAAAUCGGGCAAAAAAGUUCGAGUAUCGUAUUUGACGGAACAAACUUCGCAUCAUCCACCCGUCUCCGCAUUUUAUGUCGAUUGUCCGGAAAAGGGUAUCUCGGCCCGGGGUUUCGAUCAAAUAUCGGCAAAGUUCACUGGAACGAGUAUCAAGGUUACACCAGGGGAGCACAAUUUGGGUAUCUUCAUUAAUAUUGAGAGGAGAGACAACGAGCAAUACCAGCUCACACAUCCAGCUGCCCAUCUUGGGGGGCUUUUGCGUGGAACUUUAAGUGUUACCGUAGGAGACCAGUGCUACAUCAGUUGCGCUCAGACGAAGAUCAAGACAAUCUUACAUUAUGUUGAAGAGGGAUGGUUAGGGAAAACGCAGAACAAAGUGGAGGGAGUUGUCUUCCGCUACGAUCCAGACAAUGAUAAUAAGACUAGGAUCAAAGAUGUUCCUGAUAAAGAUAUAUUAGCAAGGGUAUCUGGAAAUUGGAAGGACAAGCUAUACUUCAGUUUGGGGCCGAAGGGCGACAAUCAAAUUCUCCUGAUAGAUCUCGCGCCUCUUCAAGUAGCACCAAAGAUCAUCCCGCCAACAGAAAAACAGCUACCAAAUGAAUCUCUCAAGUUCUGGUCAGGCGUCACAGAAGCCAUUCACGGUCGACAAUUUGCCCGGGCAACAGCCCUCAAACAAGAAUUAGAAGAAAGGCAAAGAGAGAAAGCUAAACAACGACAAGAACAAGGCGUUGAUUGGCAACCGAGAUUCUUCACAGGUUCGGUUACACCUUUAGGUAAACCGGAUUUGACGGCCGAUGGAAAAGAGGUUCUACACAUGUUACAGCAGGGAGAAUGGGAUUUGAAGGAGAAUGAAGUCACAGGUGCUUAGAAUUCAUGCUCCGGAUGAGAUAACAUUUUUCUUUCUUUCUGGUAACUGGAGUGGUCUUGGAUGAUACUAAAGGAAACGAGAUAGCUCUUUGUUGAUACUCUCGAUACUUGAUACGUAUACACAUACAUUAUUACAUCACAUACAUGAAUGGGAGAAGAAGGGAAAGGAGAUGGCGAUGUGGGAUUCGUUGCUUUAGUUCGUUACUUUGUCGGAUACGGGGUUCGGGGAACUUAUAUUUUGAGCACAUAACAUAGACGAUUCCUUCUGGUUGGUUGUGGAAAUUGUGUGGUUGGGGAUAGAGAGCAGAGGGAAGAAGCGGAGA